UAAAGGUAUGUUACGAGGAAAAUUUGGCCCAACUGUCACUAGCCAAGGCAAGAGGCGCGCCUGGGACACAAUAUCCCAAACAAUCAAUGCCUCUUUUCCACUGGUGGUGCGGACAGGCGACGAUUGUGAGAAAAGGUGGUAUGUGCUGCAGUCCAAGGCAAAAGAUGAGAUUGCAGCACACAAGCGGGAAUCCUCACUCACAGGGGGUGGACCACCUGCAAAGUGGCUGUCCCAGGUGGCCGACACUGUCUUUCAAGUCCUGGGACACUCUGAGGUCAGUGUCACCGGGCUGCCAACAGGCAUUGACACGUCAAUGAUGCAGGCCCUUGAAAUGCAGCAAAGCAUGGAGCCAUCACAAGAACCGGGCCCAUCAAGUUUGCCGACAAGAUUGCCGCCUGAACCAUCUGCAGCUGCUACUCAGGAUAGCCCGGCGGAUCAAACACCAUUCCCAUCCGAAGCACCUGCUCCGUCAGCAUCCCUGCAGGAGAGAAGAUUGCAACUCACAAUUGAUGUGUUUGAACAACAAAAAAAAGUCCUUUCCCUUCAGGAGGAGUACUACCGCCUUAAAAUUGAACACCUAAAAAAUAAACCAUUUACAGAUUGUGUUCUGUGUCUUGCAUUUAACAAUUGCAGGUGAUGUGCAGUAAAACUGUGGUAGUUCUUAAUACCAUCACAAGUUCUCAAAUGACAUGGGGCUACA